AUUGCUUGCGAAUACGCGUACCACAGAUGUUUAAACAGGGACGGAUGCAAGACUGUAUUGGGAUAUUAUUUGGAUGCGUGUGACGAAGUUCAAGUUGGCCAAACAAACGAGUGUUCCGUUAGUUGCAGACGAGCCCUGGUUGGGCUCAUGUCAACUGAAGAAGGGAAACUGUUCCUGCAGGUGAAGCAUUCAGCAAUUAUGAAUGAAACACUGUCGCAAUACUUCUUUUCUGGUCCAACCUGGAAAUUCGAACUUGGCUCUCGGAUCCGAGAGACGAAUAGAACAGGAGUUUCUGCAAACAGGAAGGCGAUAGUUGUGUUUUUUCGGGGGAUUCAAAAAGCAGCAGUAUUAUUGUUGAGCCUGACAGUGGCUGUGGUGUCGUCUUCCGACGUCGGUGUUGGCAGCACCGACGACUCUGCUGCAGCAUCUCCUGCGGAUGAUGAGAUUGCUUGCGAAUACGCGUACCACAGAUGUUUAAACAGGGACGGAUGCAAGACUGUAUUGGGAUAUUAUUUGGAUGCGUGUGACGAAGUUCAAGUUGGCCAAACAAACGAGUGUUCCGUUAGUUGCAGACGAGCCCUGGUUGGGCUCAUGUCAACUGAAGAAGGGAAACUGUUCCUGCAGGUUGUGUCUAAAUUUUUGAAGAACGAUUGUUUCAUCUUGAAAAAGAAAAUUUGGGUUUGUUUGGGACGUCACAGCUACAAGCCUACUAGCGACACUGGUGCUAGAUUAGCAAGAGAAAAGGAAGAGCGUCUUUACCAAACGCUUCGCCUACGCCGCACAGCGAACGCCUUGCAGUUCUACAAGACCAAGUGCCGGAAGCUGUUUGACGGUGUCAAGUGCAGUCGGCAUUGUCAAAACUCGGUGUUGAUUCUGCAGCGACAAGAAAAGGCGUUGCCUUUGAAACACUGUCGGUGCGACGGAACCGAAGCCUACGAUUGCCUCGGGAUCCGCCACAACCUCCAGCGAUUGUGUUUCCUGCCGCCGGCGACGGCGGAAAAGCCCGCCACGACCAAGUCGAAGCCGUCUCCAGACAGUGCCGACGACGUUGAAGGUGGUGGUGGUGGUAGUCCCUUGGACGAGGACGGGUUGCUGCACCUGAUGCCUCUGCUGAUGUUGCGACAGUUCUUUCAGGGCAAAGGCAUGAGCCAGUCGCCCAGACUAACCCCGUCACCUGCUCCCGUGCUCGUGGUUACCGCAGAGCACCACCGCCAUUCUGUGGCGGCUGUGUCAAGGUUCCUGGUGGCCUGA